GUCAUAUUGAAAUACACAAUACGUUGGUUUAACUCAAGGUUCAACUAUAAUAAAUAUCAGAAAAAGUAACAAAACAAGAUAAAGAGGCUUUAGUGCCUUGGAUUUUAUUUAUAAAAAGGCUAAGUUUCAAAUAAUAUGACAUGUGGUUUAGCCAUUAAUAACAUAAUUAAUGCCAUACCACAUGCUUAGUGCCUUCCACAUAUUCCCAUCCCUUUAUCUUUCCACUAAAACCCAUCACCAUUUCGCUCUGCACCACCUAAAAUCGAUCAUCUUCUUCUCUAUAAAUACCCCUCAUAUGAGCGUGUGUUUUCCACAAGCAAUUCAUCAAUUCCCUCUUUCUUUAAUGCCAUUCAGUCUUAUAGCCAUCUUCCUUUCGACUUCAUGUCUUCCCUCGGAGCUCCUGACCAAAUUUCUACCAACCAAAUUGAAAUCCCAGUCUACAACAAUGCAAACCAAACAGAACAAAAACAAUGCCAAGGAGAAGAUGAUAAUGACCGAUUUGACUACUCGCAAAGAGCACAAUGGCUCCGAGCCGCUUUGCUGGGAGCCAACGAUGGGUUGGUAUCCGUUUCAUCGUUGAUGAUGGGUGUGGGAGCUGUUAAGGAAGAUGUGAAAGCCAUGCUUCUCGCUGGUUUUGCAGGGUUAGUCGCAGGGGCUUGUAGCAUGGCAAUAGGUGAGUUUGUGUCUGUUUACACUCAAUAUGACAUAGAGAGAGCUCAAAUGAAAAGGGACAUGAAAAACAGAAAUGGAAAUACAGAAGAGAGUGGUAAAGAAGAUGAGAGUGAGAAGGAAAAGCUUCCAAACCCAACACAUGCAGCAAUGGCAUUCACAGUGGGAGCACUUGUGCCAUUACUGGCAGCUGCGUUUAUAAAGGAGCAUAAGUUGAGGCUUGGUGUGGUGGCUGCUGUGGCUAGCUUCGCAUUGGUGAUAUUUGGAGGGGUUGGUGCUGUUCUUGGGAGAACACCAGUGGUGAGGUCUUGUGCUAGAGUACUUGUUGGAGGGUGGCUUGCUAUGGCUAUCACUUUUGGGCUAACCAAAUUAAUUGGCACAGAAGGAAUGGAAGUGUGAUUUAUUUACAUGAUCUAUUAUAUGUUGUUUAAGUUUUGGUUUUAGUAGUUUUGUGGGGUUCUGAUGCAAAAACAAAAUGAAUUUAUGUGGUUUUCUUUGUUUUAGGCCUAGUUUUUUUCCAGUAAUUAAAAGUGUACGUGGAUCAAAUUAUAAUAAAGUUGGAUUUGCUUGCUUAA